UACAGAAAUCGCCGACGCGGCCUAGGUUAUUAUUUAUACAUUUUGUUAUAUUAAAUUCUGCUAUAAAUAACUUCGUAGUCACAACAAUGAACGGACGAAUAAAAAUACUCUAUUUGGAUAAUUAUAUUUUUAUUAAAAAUAAAACGUAUUCUAUGUCGAUGAACGACGAUCAACCGCAUUUUACGUUUACACGUCUUUAUAAACGAACGUAGUUUUCAAUUUUUAUAUUUUUAUCGUUGGGAUCUUAUUUUACGAGUGUAUUACAAAUAUUUAAAUAUGUCAAUACGUCCAUAUAGUUUUGAGCCCACUGUGAACGAUAUUGAUAUGGCUGAUAUUCAGCCAGGUACAAAUGAACCAGAUAUAGGAGUACAAUUAGAAGGUCGUUCAAAAAUGAAUGUAAACGAUUGGUGUAUAUGUAAUAAAUGUAUUAGAUUUACGAUAAAAACGUGCGAUCAUGAUCCAUUAACAAACGAAGAAAUAAAUAAUAAAUUGUGGUUAAAAUCCGAUGACGAAUCAUAUUAUGCAUUAAAAAAAGUUAUAACUGCAAAAGAUUUUAUAAAAGAUUUACCACAUGCAAAACAUUUUGUGCAUACUGGCCGUUUGGAAUCUUAUCAUAAUGUAAGGUUAAAAUAUAUGCCAAAACGGAUACAUCUGAAAUAUAGAGGUAUGUACAUAAGAUCUAUUUUGGCUAUAUUGGACCAUAAUUACAAUACAAAUAAACAACUAGUAGGUGAUAAAAUGGUAUACUCAAAACCGUUAGGAAAAUAUACAAUAAAAAAUGUAUAUGAGCGUACUGAUACUGAUUGGCGAAAACAAAUUAUGCAUGAAGUACUUGAUUUAGCUAAAAAAAAACAAACGAAUAUAGCAUUAUAACAAUUCCAGAAGAAAUAGAAAUUCCCAAGUCUAUAGCUCCAAUACCAAGACCAAAUA